UUCCCCCUUCCCCGCCCCGCAGCGCUGGUGCGGCCGGACCGACCUAAGAUGGCGACCGUGGAGCCGGAAACCACUCCCAACCCUCAGCCUUCAGAAGAGGAAAAAACCGAGCCAGCACCUACUCAGGAGGUUGCCAGCCCUGAACAGUAUAUUAAGCAUCCACUACAAAACAGGUGGGCACUCUGGUUUUUUAAAAAUGACAAGAGCAAAACUUGGCAAGCAAAUCUUCGUCUGAUCUCAAAGUUUGAUACUGUUGAAGACUUCUGGGCUUUAUACAACCAUAUCCAGCUCUCUAGUAAUUUAAUGCCUGGUUGUGACUACUCGCUCUUUAAGGAUGGGAUUGAACCCAUGUGGGAAGAUGAAAAAAACAAGCGAGGAGGCCGAUGGCUAAUUACACUAACCAAGCAGCAGAGACGAAGUGACCUUGAUCGCUUCUGGCUAGAGACACUGCUGUGCCUUAUUGGGGAGUCAUUUGAUGACUACAGCGAUGAUGUAUGCGGUGCUGUUGUUAAUGUUAGAACUAAGGGUGAUAAAAUAGCAAUAUGGACAACUGAAUGUGAAAACAGGGAUGCUGUUACGCAUAUAGGGAGAGUAUACAAGGAAAGAUUAGGACUUCCUCCAAAGAUAGUGAUUGGUUACCAGUCCCAUGCAGACACAGCUACUAAGAGCGGCUCCACCACUAAAAAUAGGUUUGUUGUUUAAGAAGACACCUUCUGAGUAUUCUUUCAUAGGAGACUGCGUCAAGCAAUCGAGAUUUGGGAGCUGAACCAAAGCCUCUUCAAAAGCAGAGUGGACUACAUUUAAAUUUGAUUUCCAUCUAAAUGUUGCUAAGAUUUGUGAGAAGUCUCAUUCGCCUUUGUCUUGUACUUCUGUGUUCAAUUUUUUUCUAUUUUGGCUGAAGUAACCAUUACCAAUCAGAAUUUUAGUACACUUCACCCCCCUGAGUCAUAAAUGUUUUCCUGGCCCACUCUGUGAUAGCUUGGUAGAAACAUUACUAUUACAAAAAACAUUUGUUUAUCCACAGUAUUCAGAAAAGUUGCAUUUCUGUACCUGCAGGAAAUUACUCUGUUUUACAUUUGCAUUGUAUGCAGUAACAUUUUGCUGGUUUGGAAAAGAGUAUGGUGCAUACAGUUUUCUAGCAAUUUUUUUAUACAGCAUCACUUUUGCUGUAACCUAUGCUGAUGGCUGCUAGAUUAAUUUAUUUGUUUUCCCUAUUUGAUAACAUUAGUGAUAUUUUGAUUUCAGUUGUUUUUGCUCAUGUAACAUUGGUGAAGAAUCUGGGAAUAUGACAAAGGUGGAAUAAACAUUAAUUUUGUUCAUUCUUUGGUAAUUUUUGUUUUUUUGUAACAUCAAAGCUUUGAUACAAACUUAUGCAUUUCAGUCAAAUCAGUGAUCUGUUUGUGUGAUUUCCUAAACAUAAUUGUGGAUUUUUUUUAAUGUAACACCAUAAUUUACAUUCCUUACUAGAAAUAGUAUGUCUGUUUUUGUAUCUUAUGCUGUAUUUUAACACUUUGUAUUACUUAGGUUAUUUUGCUUUGGUUAAAAUGGCUCAAGUAGAAAAGCGGUCCCAUUCAUAUUAAGACAGUGUACAAAACUGUAAAUAAAAUGUGUACAGUGAAUUGUCUUUUAGACAACUAGAUUUGUCCUUUUUUUUCCUCCAUCUGUACAGCAAGUAUUUGUACUUCUUGUGACAAGGCGGUCUCUGCUGUGGCUUCUAUUGUAGUGUCUUCCAAGAAAGAUAAGUCUGGAGCUAUAGUUUAUUGAAACUUAAUAAAUCUUAGAUAGCACCCUAAACGAAAGUGAAAUGAUAUUGAUGUGGCUACUGUUUUUUCUUAGUGGUUGGUCUAAUUGAUCAUGGCUUGCGCUGUUUCUCUUUUGACUUUGGUGCGUACCAAGAAAUUUGAAGGUACUUGGCAGUUUGUUUGCAGGUGGUAACUACACUAAAAGCACUGAAGUGAAUGACUCUAAGUAUAUGAAGUACAAGUAAAGCGCACAAGAUAGAGACGUGGCUGCAAAGCAGAAGUAUGAGGAACUAGGUGGUUUGCUAUUACGCAUGUCUUGCUAUGAAACAAAACUUGUUGGUCUGAAAGUUCCCAUGGGAGAUGUAGGCUAGUUUGACAUGCAGCAUUAGGGGAAAAAUUUGGAGGAGGCCAUUGUGUUAACUUCUUGUUCUGAGUACAGUGUAAGAAGCUUUUUCUUUAUAAAAGUAGAGUAUACAGCAAAUUAAUGCUGUUGCUAAUAUCCUAAUUUUUAGUCCUUUAGGAUCUUGCCAGGGCUAUAUAGCUCUCUAGUUAAACUUAGAAGCAGGUGCAUAUGAGUUUUUUGGUCUUUAAGUGAUAACUCAAAGCAAGUUUAGUCACUGAGGUAAUGAAGCUUUAGUUUAAUCAGGCUUUUAAAUCUGCCUCUGAUUAAAGCACUGAAGUGUUUCUACUUGCAUAGAUAGACUUAAACACUUUCUUGCACGUUUUUUAAGAAAUAUGUUAAGUAGAGCAUUAGGUGAUACCAAAAAGGCAUUACGUUAGCUUCUGAAUAUCUUAUAUCUAUUUUGAAGAAACACUUAGAGUAGCUAUCUAUAUCUAAUGGUACUAUGCCUUCAGUAUUGGUCGCUAACCAGGCUGGGUGUUGGAGGUACAGAGCUGUUAGGCUGUUUGUAAGCUGGUUUCUGUGGGUUCUGGUGUAACUGGUUGCCUGCCCUGAGUCUGCAGGAGUGCUAAGCAAGGUGGGUUUGUUUAAUAGGACCAUUCAUAGGCUGUGGUAGGCCCUACCUGUCUUCCAACUUACUGUUCCAGUUAGUCAUCUCUUCAAUUAAAGUAAGCUCAAAGUUUCUGUAAACUACUUCUGUUCUGUAUCAACCUCAAGCUAAGUAAUGCUUAAAUAGCUUUGACACUUCCUAAUAAGCUAGUAUGCAUCGUAAAUCAGUGACGUUCGUACGCUUGGAGAAGUUAAGAUGAACUGGUUUCCUGAGUGGUAACAUUAGAUUGUCUAGCUAUACGUAAGUUGUUGUCUAGCUCUAUGUAAUUUGGGAGCACUGUAGCCAGGCUUGCUAAAAAGAGCAUAAUUCAAAAACGUAGGUAGUGCUUUCCUUCUGUAAAGAACUUUGAGUUUAAACCAAGUGCUCUUGUGAAAAGGAUAGAGUAUUGUUUUUGUUGAAUUUCACUACAAGGCUGAAUAGAAUAUUGUUCAGGGUAGCUGUGUUUUGUUCAUCUAGGAAGGUGGUUGAUGGUAUUUUCAGUGUGGCCUCAGGUUUCUGAGCCUGUGCCUAUUUAAGCAGCCAGCUGACUUGCACCAUAAUUUGAAAACUUGCAGUAGGUUGAUUUGAGGUUGCUCAGAUAGUAACUGCUGUGUUUCUAGGAGACUUGAGUGAAAAUUAAAUUACAUACUUGCUUUAUCAAAUAUCUAACCGAUGCCUGUGACUUCUUGCCAGAAAAAACAAGUGACCAUGAACCUUGUUCUCUCAAACUUGCAAAUAGCUUUGUGCUGCAUAAUGUUCUUCUGAAAAUAAUGGUGGCAUUUGUAUUCUAUAGGAUACUGUGGGAGAAAGCUAAGAGCUGUCCAAUUUGUGUAUUAAUAAAAUAGCCACAGGCUUACAAAACAAAAAGGUAGUAAACAUUUAAGUUUGUUUACAUACCUAGUUUUGUACAAAAUAGUUAAUGUCAUUAAACUUUCAGGUAAAUGGAUAGCCGUUGUCAACUUCUUGCAGUAAGCCUGAGGAGACUGAAGAAUAAAUGUCUGAAGCAUCAAUUCUGAAGUGUUUUUAUAUGGUAUAAAACCAGUAAAACAAGGAAAGAAAAAACUGUUGCUGUAUUCAACGAGGUGCAAGAAAGUGCCAAAUAUAGCCUGGGAAUAAGGGGUGAAAGAUGAGGAAUGUGUGAACUAACAGCGUCUGGGUGUCCUGUAAGUGUUGGAACAUGCAGUGCUUUUCAUUGUCCCUUGUCCAGCUGCGCUGUCACUGUCUUGUGUUUCAGGCUGUCUGUAGCUUAGAAAACUUAAUUUUUAAUGAGCUGCCCAAAUUCUGAGAGUUUGAAUUAGUAGUUUUUAGCAAACCUUAGACUGAACACAAAACUUCCAUCCAGCCUAAUGUUACCUUUUCCUACAGAAAGGCUUAGAAAAAUACUCUGGACUCCAUGGGACCCUUACUAAAAGCAAAACACAUUGUUUCAACCUAGUAAAGUGACAUGCAUUUUCUCUUGUACAUGUAAGUCUGGGCCUGAUGGAUUUAAAACUAGAUUUUUUUGAAGAACGUUCUGCACUGUGGAGUACUAAACAACAUAGUUGAGCUUAUAAGUUAAAUCCAUAGGGCUUUCAGACUGCCUACCCCUGAAGUUUUAGAUGACUUCCCAUUGCCCUCCUAAGAACAGUCAGUGGUUUCUAUGAUUUUGAGUGACUAGCAUUUAAUUGGGUCAUCGAGUAAAGUUCUUACGUAGAACAUGUGCCUUUUCACAUUGAGCAAAAUGUUGUCUUGUUUGGGAACUUUGUGUGUCAAGAGUUUGUUUAGGUGACUUGAUGAUUUCUGCUCAUGCUUGUAUACUUUCUUCCUCACCAUCUUUCAGCUGCCAGUUCAGAAACAAGUGAAAAUGACAUCAGAAGUAAAGAAUGGGUUUAUACCUGGCUAUUUCAUUUUGAAUCUGUCCCAGCUAGACCUGGUGAGCAGGAGUGCAGAACGUAUUAGCAAGCACUGUGGAACCAAAGCUGUCUUAGCUAUCAAAUGCACCUGCUGAACCUCUCCAUUGCCAUUUCAAAGCUCCAGAAACUGUUGAAUUUUGAACAUAAUGCAUUUUGAUCUCUCCGGCGUAGCUGCUUGCUUGAACAGAAUUACUGCCCUUCAGCCCUGAAAGUUUUGUUUUCUACCAGAACUUGUUUGCUGGAAUCUAGUUCUGCAGCAAAGCCUUUAAUAAGCACUUAAAUCCCUUCCCAUAUAACAAAACCCAUGGUCGUUCCUGUUCUUGCCGGGUGGCUGCCUGGCACUUCCCCAGAAGACCAUGGGAUUCCCUAGCCUUCCUAUUCUUGAAGUGAAGCAGAUUCUGAUGUCCAGAGCUAAAUGUGAAUUGUGGCUGAGCACAUGAUUGUUUUGCUUCCCAGCACUAACUUGUUUUGUGUGAUGCCUAAAUGU